UCCACAUAUUCUUUUGCUUUUGAUAAUCAGUACCUACGUGCCCAAGAUACAGUUGAAUAAACACAUAGUAGCAGAGUUCCAUGCGUUCUAGUUAUUCAAAAAUUGAACUUUACAUAUACAUAAUGGUUUAAAGCUAGCAAACGAUCCCAUUGAGUACCGGGUGCGGAUAUUUUUCAAAUUCUUGGACAUGGAGAGAGAGGAGAGAGCUCAUCAAGACCUGGAAUGUCCACUGAUUCAUUAUUCUCAAGAAAGUGAAUUCCAAUCCAAGAGGAAGUGGGAUAAUGUAAAAAUAGAAGUGAAGAAGCAGUUGGCUUUAGCAGGGCCUCUAAUGACGGUUAACCUCUUAAUAAAUUGCUUACAAGUGAUCUCGGUAAUGUUUGUAGGUCAUCUUGGAGAACUAGCUCUUUCAGGUGCCUCCAUGGCCACUUCAUUUGCAUCUGUGACUGGUUUCAGUUUGUUGCUAGGGAUGGCUAGUGCAUUGGACACUUUCUGUGGGCAGUCCUAUGGAGCAAAACAGUACCAUAUGCUUGGCAUUCAUCAGCAAAGAGCCAUGCUUGUACUUCUACUGGCCGCCUGUCCUCUGGCAUGUAUUUGGGCCAACGCAGGUCACAUUCUCAAAUUCUUGGGGCAAGAUCCAGAAAUAUCAACUGAAGCAGGACUGUACGCUCGUUUUAUGAUUCCAAGCAUCUUUGCCUAUGCCCUGCUACAAUGCCAUGUUAGAUUUCUUCAAUCUCAGAAUAAUGUCUUUCCAAUGAUGUUUAGUGCUGGAUUUACCACGCUACUCCACCUACUCACUUGUUGGGUUCUAGUCUUUAAGUCUGGCCUUGGCAAUAAAGGUGCUGCUUUAGCUAAUGCUAUUUCUUAUUGGAUCAAUCUGUUGUUGUUGGCAAUAUAUGUGCGGGUAUCACCAUCCUGCAAGGAGACCUGGAAAGGUUUUUCCAAGGAGUCACUGAAUGACAUUCCAAAAUUUCUCAAAUUAGCCAUUCCUUCGGCUGUUAUGAUAUGCUUGGAGAUUUGGUCGUUUGAAAUGAUGGUUCUGCUAUCUGGUCUUCUACCGAAUCCAAAGCUAGAAACGUCAGUUCUCUCAAUCAGCCUUAAUACAUGUAGCAUGGUCUACAUGAUUCCACUUGGGCUCAGCGGUGCCACAAGCAUAAGGGUCUCAAAUGAGCUUGGUGCUGGAAGACCUUAUGCAGCUCGUUUAGCAUCGCAAAUUGCAAUGUUCCUGGUUUCCACAGAGGGUAUUUUGGCAGCAACAAUCAUGAUUCUGGGGCGCAAUUUAUGGGGCUACUGUUACAGUUCAGAAGAAAAGGUUGUAAGAUACGUUGGGGAAAUGUUGCUUUUGGUUGCAGCAUCACACGUCUUGGAUGGCAUGCAAUCUGUGCUUUCAGGUACUGCUCGAGGAUGUGGUUGGCAGAAGAUUGCUGCAGUGGUUAAUUUGGGAGCCUAUUAUCUACUUGGAUUACCUUUCGGCAUAAUUCUAGCUUUCGUCUUUCAUAUUGGAGGAAAGGGACUAUGGACGGGAAUUAUAGUGGCCCUUUUUGCGCAAGCAUUGCUUCUUUUGGUUGUCGCUCUGAGAACUGACUGGGAGAAAGAGGCAAAGAAGGCUGCAGAGAGAGUGCAUUCUACAACAAACACCUAGUAGCUUCAUAAAGCAAUUUAGGCAAAAGGGAAGAUUUUCUGAAAGGAACUCUGGCAUCCAGAGGCUUAUACAAUUUAACCAACAGGCUGAGAUGAGUAGUUACAUGGAUUGUUCUCCAACCAUGAAAAUAUGCAUGAUAAUACCGAAUUUGAAAUGCCAACCUUUCAUGCAAAGUCGGACGAUAUGUGAAUGCUUUUUGGACGUCUGAAAGAACAUUUUGAUUUUCUCCUUUAGAAUUAGAUGGAAUAAUUAAGAUAUUGGGAAAAACAC